AUGGCGGCGGCGGCGGCGGCGGCGGAGCGGCUGAGCUGGUGGGAGCGCCCCGAGCGGCCCUUGGCGCCUCUCAGCGAGCGGCAGCGGGACUCGGUGCUGGAGCUGCGCGGGGCCUCGCCGGGGCUGCCCCUGCCGCCGGAGCUACCCAUAGAAGAUUUAAAUAGUUUUGUCCAGCCAUCACUAACAGUGACGCUGACAGCCACGUUGCCAGAAUCUACAGAGAACAUUCUCUUGAAAGGAUUCUCUUCUUUUGGUAUGGAAAAUGAAAGAAUUGAAACGGCCCAGCAGUUCUUCUCGUGGUUUGAUCAACUUCGUGCACAGAUGGAUCAAGAUGAAGAGACCAAAUAUCGGCUGACCAGGGCAGUUUAUUCUGGAUUUGAAGAGCAGUGUGAUGCCAUACUGAGUGAUGUGAAUUGUGCUCUUCAGCACCUUAAGUCACUGCAGGAACAAUACCUCUUUGUCUCAACCAAAACAGGAACUCUGCAUGAAGCCUGCGAGCAGCUGUUAAAAGAGCAGUCAGAGCUCGUGGACCUGGCAGAAAACAUCCAUCAGAAACUGUCCUAUUUCAUCGAACUGGAAAAUAUUAACACAAAACUGAAUUCACCUACCCUGUCUGUCAGCAGUGAGAAUUUCAUCCCGAUGCUGAACAAACUGGAUGACUGCAUAGCCUAUGUUUCCUCCCAUCCAAAUUUUAGGGACUACGCUGUGUAUUUGGCAAAGUGUAACCAGUGUCUUUCUAAAGCGGUGCAUCUUAUGAAAACAUAUACUGUGAAUACCCUACAGAACCUCACAAAUCAGUUAAUUAAAAGGGAUCCUUUGGUUGCUCCAAAUUCAGACAACGCCUUUACUUUAUUUUAUCUGAAGUUCAGAGCUGCUGCACCCAAAGUCAGGACGCUUUUUGAACAAAUCGAGCAACGAUCUGAGAAAAUGCCAGAAUAUCGGCAACUGUUAAGUGAAAUCCACCUCUGUUACCUUCAUCAGAGGGAACUCCUGUUGGGGCCCAGCAUUACCAGCACCGUCACAGAAUUAACACAUCGAAACAACAGAGAUCACUGUGCUCUGGUACGAAGCGGCUGUGCUUUUAUGGCUCACGUGUGCCAGGACGAGCAUCAGCUCUUUGACGAGUUCUUCACAAAGCCAACACCCAAACUGGAUCAGCUCUUGGAAAAGCUGUGCUUGUCGUUAUAUGACGUCCUCAGGCCGCUGAUCAUCCACGUAAUUCAUCUGGAAACUUUGUCUGAACUUUGUGGGAUCCUUAAAAACGAAAUGCUGGAAGAUCACGUGCAAAACAACAUGAAACAGCUGGGUGCUUUCGCUGCUGGAGUGAAGCAGAUGCUGGAAGAUGUUCAAGAGCGUCUGGUGUACAGGACCCACAUCUACAUCCAGACGGACAUUCUGGGCUACAAGCCUGCCCCCGGGGACCUGGCCUAUCCUGCCAAGUUGGAGAUGAUGGAGCAAAUUGCCCAGAGCUUAAAAGAGGAGGAGAAGAAGCUGCCCGCUGAGGCUUCUUUGCCAGCUCCGAAGCAGGAAGAUCCAGGCAGCUGCAGUGAGCUGAGGAAUUCUGGGAACACGUCGGAACCUUGUAGUCCGAGAGCCCACAACACCGUCUCCCCCGCCGACCUCCACGGGAUGUGGUAUCCCACCGUGAGGAGGACCCUGGUCUGUCUCUCCAAGCUUUAUAGGUGCAUUGAUGGAACGGUCUUCCAAGGACUAUCCCAGGAGGCACUCUCGGCCUGCACACAGUCCUUGUUGGCGGCUGCAGAGGCUAUUGCUAAAAGCAAGACACAAAUCGACGGGCAGCUUUUUCUAAUAAAGCACCUUUUGAUUCUUCGUGAGCAAAUUGCUCCCUUCCACACUGAAUUCACAAUUAAGGAAAUUUCGCUGGAUCUGAAGAAAACCAGAGAUGCUGCCUUUAAAAUCCUGAACCCCAUGACCGUCCCACAGUUCUUCAGACUAAGUAGCCACAAUGCAAUUAUACAGUUCUUACUGGAGGGCACCCCAGAAAUAAGGGAACACUACAUCGACUCCAAGAAGGAUGUGGAUCGGCACCUGAAGCUGGCCUGCGAGCAGUUCAUCCAGCAGCAGACUAAGCAGCUGGUGGAGCCCUUGCAGGAAUUCCUGUCCAAGGUUUCGGCCUUGACCGCGGUGGUCUCUGCCAGGGGCCCCAAAUACAACCUCUCCCAGCAGCCUUGGGCACAACCAGUGAAGAUCAGUGACUUGGUGUCAUCAACAUACAGGAGGAUAAAAACAAAACUGCCGCCAACCUUACAGAGCAUGUCACUUUAUUUGUCCAAUAAGGACACCGAAUUCAUCUUGUUCAAGCCCGUGAGGAACAAUAUCCAGCAAGUGUUUCAAAAGCUGCAUGCGGUCUUAAAAGAAGAAUUUAGUAAUGAAGAUCUCCAGAUCAUAGCUUGUCCAUCAAUGGAACAGGUGAAUCUCCUUUUGUCAGUAACAAAAUAAUGGAUCUGGUAGCCCAACUGCACAAUUCUUCUUCAUGCCAUCCACGGUGGUCGGAGGCCACCAGCCUAGUUGUGCCUUUCGAAAAGCGUUGGCCUUUGUGCAUCCAACUUCUCUUGUUGCUGGAAGGAGGGGAAGAGUUAUUGUUGCUGUCUGCAAAUUCAGAAACGUCUCUUUCUCUGGCGGCACCUACACGGGUGAAAGCAGCCCUUGUCCUUGAGCUCCUCUGUUCUGUUUUGUAUCCAGAGAAGAUCUCUCCCAACUUUCUCAGCAGAAUUUGGAACACUCCAAUUUGGAGAAUGGAUGCCUUUUGCUCAAAAUCUGUACAUCAGGACCACUUUGAAGGACACAUCCAAGCCUUCCCACAAAAUUCUUAGUAGUAUUCUCCAAUAAUUAGCACUAUUACAUUGCUCAUACAUGUCAACAAAUCAUCAGACUUUGUAGAGUGUAAGUGGUAAUGGUGGAUUUAUGGAAGAUGCCAUAUAAUCAGUUUAUUGUAUAGGUACAGCACUUAAUGUAAUCUACUUCGAUACAUCAGUGGGGUUUUUUCCCCAAAAAAACCUUUAUACUGAUGAAUGCUGACAUUGUUCUGGUUUUAUUCCUUGCAAAUAGAUUGCUUCGCUUUAAAAUUAUGUCUACAUGUUAUGCAGAAAAUAUGGUGCGGUGAUAAUAAAUUCCCAUUUAAUAGGUUAUGACUGAACUAAAGUAUGUGGAAAGCGUGAUGUGGAAAGAUUGGGAGAAUGGAGUAUGUAAUGGAAGUGUAAAGCUGCAAGAUCUGGUGCAAAAAUAGAAGCAAGCUCUUAUUUUUUUCAUAAUUAAAUUUUACUUGAAUUAGAGCAGUGUGUUUGUUGCUGUGAAGUUACAAAAAGACAUGCCUUUUGUAUAAAUUGAUUGUGCAUUUCUGCCGGGCAUGGAGAAGUCUUGAAGUUUGCAUCUAGUGUAUAUUGUAUUAUAAAUAAAAUAAAAAUUUUAUAUUGUUCAGGGAACACAGGUAAUUUUUAAAUGAUGUGUGUGUGUAUAAUCUUUCUGUUUAAAAUAUUGGUAUUCGGAAAACAGCUAAAUUACUAAAAGUUUUGCAGAAUCCAGACUGUUCUUUAUUGCUCUGUUUAAUAUUAGCACUCAUACUGUUUUAAAAAUUUUAUGUUUCAAUUCUUUAGGGAGAUAAAUUAAUUUUAAAGAACUUUAAAAUAACUGAAAUUAAUAUUUGUAAGCAUUAGAAUAUCAAUGACAUCAGAUUUCAUUAUAAUCUAGUUAUUGGUACCCUAGUUAAGUGAAACACACAUAUUUAAAAUAAUCUGCUGUGAAUUUUGAGUAGAGAGAUUUUCAAUCAAAUAGAAUGUGAAUAAGUGUAUUGUAUCUUUAAAAAGUUGGAACUAGGUAAUUUAAAUGCUUUACUUUCUAAAACAGAAUAUCUUCUAUUACGAACAUAGAUAUUAUUUUAUUACUCAAGUGACUUUUCAAAUCACAGAAUAAAUAUAACCUGUACAGGUAAUUAGAUAAAUAAACAGUGUAUAUAAUUUUCCU